AUGUUCAUCCCUCAGGUGACCAACCUGGAGGACCAGCAGGUGCACCGCGGCACUCUGAGGCCCACAGAAGGACCCUCUGACCCCCUGGAGGACCAGCAGGGGCACCGCGGCACUCUGAGGCCCACAGAAGGACCCUCUGUUCAGACUGCGGGUGCGGCUGUGGUCAGCUGGUGUCCCAGCACCCGUCGGUCCCGGGGGGUGCCCCUGAAGAGGGGGGGGGGGCCGGUGGUGCAGCUUGAGGCCCCUGCAGAGAGAUGGACCCCCCCGAAGCACACGCAGAGCUCCGGCACCGACGCAUAUGGACUCAUUGAGUUCCAGGGGGGGGGGCACGUCAACAAGGCCAUGUACAUCCGGGUGUCGUACGACUCGAAGGCGGACUCGCUGCUGCACCUGAUGGUGAAGGACUGGGAGCUGGAGCUCCCCACCCUCCUCAUCUCCGUUCACGGGGGCCUGCAGAACUUCGAGCUGCCCCCAAAACUGAAACAGGUUUUUGGGAAAGGCCUGAUCAAAGCGGCGGUGACCACUGGAGCUUGGAUCUUCACCGGGGGGGUCAGCACGGGAGUGAUCCGUCACGUGGGGGACGCUCUCAAAGACCACUCGUCAAAGUCCAGAGGGAAGGUCUGUGCCAUCGGCAUCGCCCCGUGGGGAAUCAUCGAGAACAAGGAGGACCUCAUCGGGAGAGAC